CCUCUCUCCCUCUGCAACAAGCUUUCUCUCUCUAGAACCCCAGGCCGGCGCUCUGCACGGAGGAAGAGAGAGAGAGAGAGACGGCGAUAAGCAAUGGCGUCGUCAUCGGGCUCCGGCGAGGUCGCGACGGAGAGGAGAGGGAUCCCGGGCGCGCAGUUCGUGGAAGACGUCCAGACCUACCUCGCUCAGGCCGGCCUCGACGUCAACUCCGCCCUGGCCUUCCUCCAAGAGCGGCUGCAGCAAUACAAGCUGGUCGAGAUGAAACUUCUAGCUCAACAGAGGGAUCUUCAGGCAAAAAUUCCUGAUAUUGAGAAGUGUUUAGACACAGUUGCCACUCUACAGGCCAAGAAGGGUUCUGGUGAGGCACUCCUUGCUGAUUUUGAAGUCUCUGAAGGCAUAUAUUCACGAGCUCGCAUUGAAGAUACUGAUUCAGUAUGUUUAUGGCUGGGAGCAAAUGUUAUGUUGGAGUAUUCAUGUGAAGAGGCCACAACCCUUCUACAAAAGAACUUAGAAAAUGCUAAAGCAAGUUUAGAAGUUCUUGUUGCUGAUCUACAAUUCUUAAGGGACCAAGUAACAAUCACGCAGGUUACGAUUGCUCGUGUGUAUAAUUGGGAUGUUCACCAAAAGAGAAUCCGUCAAGCCGCUGCUCCUGCCAAAGACUCUUAAAGGAAUCUUUCCAACUUGGAUCAUGGUAGCAGAAUGUGUACUCCUGCAUGAGAGUAGGACUUUGAUCUCCCCAUUUUCCAUUAGGUGAAUGAAUUAUGUACCGCUAUGUGAUUGCAAUGGUUAAGACCUACGAGUGAUUUUGGUUAGGUUUAGUUAGAUUUAUUGCAUUACACAAAGCUUGUCAUGUAAACGAUUUUGACUGAGAACCUCUUGGGCUUGAGUUUUCACUUGUUGUGUUCGGUGCACUAGUUUUGAGUUAAUGUUGGGGUCAUAUAUUUUGAGUCGUUU